UAAUGUCACUGUCAAAAAAUUUAAUUAUUUUUGGUUAUUUUUAAUGCUGCUCAUGUUAAAAUUUUUAAAUAAAAAAUAGCUAAAAUACUAAUUACUACUUACCUCAACCUCGAUUCUUCACGUAUUUAUUAAUUAAAGUUUCAAUAAGAGGAUGAGUUCUGAAUACACAAUUUUCAUGUAUUGAAUUCAAAUUAAUACAAACAGCAAAAAGAAUGUUUAAAUCUCCUGUUAUAUUGUUUAUCAAGCGUUCUUUAUUCCAACUACACAGUACAGUUGUUCCAUAUAGAAUAAAUGUUGACACUCUGAAAUGUGAUCUAUUACAACGAAGCUUAUUAUCUUCUACAAUUACUUACUUUAAAAGUGAACACACCAAAGCAGAAUCUACUUGUGAUAAAUCAAAACUCAUAUCUAAGCUGAACUUACAGUCAGAAAAACAUGCAGAACCAUUUUACAAAUUACCGAUUAAAACAUUAUCUAUUAUUUAUAAAACUACUAAGAGUGAUGAGAAACAUGGAUAUUGCCGCAAUAGACUGUACUAUAUUUCUUCACAAAUAAAGUGCCCACCUUCAUUAUUGAGCGAACGCAUAGCUAAAAGAAGUUUUAUAUAUACCUUGUCAUUUGAGUGGAUACAAAGCUCAUUGAAAGUUUUGUUAGACAUGGGAGUUUCUCCUGACCGAAUUGUGAGAGAUUUAUGGGUUUUAAAAUAUCAUCAUAAAACUAUAGCAGAGAGGUUACAGAAGAUAAAAGAUUUGGGUAUAGAUCCAGUUUAUCCAUGGAUGGUGAGGUGCUCAGAUGAUAUUCUUAAUAGGUACAUUGAAAUCUAUCAAGAAACAAAAUCAAUUUUAGGAAAUGAUAAAUCAGUAAAAGUGUACAUAGCCAAUAGAUUAAACACAAAAUUGGAAGUUGUUGAGGAAAUGUACACCAAAGUUCCUACUCUAGAACGCAUUAGAGUCAGCAAGGUGAAGAAUUUUUUCGAUUUUCUCUUCAGUGAAGGAUUUACUACUGAAGAUAUUAUAAGUAAACCAAGAGUAUUAGCAGCUUCACAAAAAACUGUACAAGAGAGAUUAGAAAAGCUAAAGAGUUUAGGACUUGAAGAAAUAAAUUUGAAUAUCCUUUGCAGAAGUAGAAAAGGAUUCAAAAAAUAUUAUGAAAGUUUACAAUCUGCAUCUAGAGAACAAUGAUGCAGGUCUUCCUUAUUCAAAUUUAACAGGUGAACUGCGAGUUAACCUUGAAAUUUUCUAUUUCGUUAUAAAUAACUUUUUAUGUUUUAAAUUUCAACUAAUAGCCUAACAUAUAACUGCUUGAUUCUGCAUAUCUGUUUUUUUUAAUGACUUUUGAGGAUAUGCAUUGGAUCAGUGAUAAUGAUAAGAUAAUAUGCAUAUGAUAAGACACAAAUCUGUUAUUUUUGUAUAAUUAAUUUUCAAAAUAAAUUUCAGCUGUAUGUUUGAUAAUAAAUUUUAGAUCACUUUAAAACAUUUACAUCACAAUGAUUAUAAAAAAAUACUCUGUCUUGUACUCUUGGGUGAUUUAAAUUUUUUAAAGUGCUGUGUAUUGUUGUUGUUUUAUAACAUGGAAACAAUGUAUAAAAUGAAAAUAAACGUUUCUUUCUACCUUUCAAGUAUAAUAGUUGGAAAUAACACUUUUUAAUAAAGAUCAGAUUAGUAU